AUGCCUCUCCUUCACCUGCCCAUCGAACUCCUCGACCAGAUCAUCAGCGAACUGGAUACCGCCGACGUCGCCAGGUUGAUGGCCUGCAACAACCGCCAGCUCGUCUUCAACCACGAACGCAGACUCUACAACAAGCAAGAUACCCGCGACAAAGCCAUGUUUGCCGCCUGUAGCCAUGGCCUAAUCCGCAUCAUCCGACGCCUUGUUCUGGACUACCGCGCGCCCGUCAGCUCCGUGCCACUGAGAGCCAAAUUCUACAUGAAUGCCCAACACCGAGUGGCAUGCCUUGGAAUUCCUGAAUCGCAGGAGGUCGAGCUGACACUAUAUACGACUGUCGCCUAUGGGAAUCUUGACGCGUUUCGGGAGCUGCUCAGACUCGGUGCGCGUCUUGAUGUCCCUAAUACCUGGCAUGGCUGUCUGGAAGAUUUGAUCGAACGGGUUUUCUCGCCGGAGAAUGACUGGGAGCUCCUGCACUGGUUUUACGGCACGGGUUUUGACGCACAAGUAUCUCCGGAGGCUCACGAUUAUCUUAUUCAUCCGUUACUAAAGGUUAUUCGUGCUUCGGGACAGCGUGGGAGACCCCCUCUGGGAGCGUUGCGGAUGCUGCUAGACCGCCGCGCCGGCGGCCCCCUCAACGAAGUGUAUGUGGGGUUUAGCCCGCUGGCAGCCGCGAUCCGACAGCAGCAGUAUGACCCGAUUCCAGUCCUAGACCUGCUUUUAGGCGCCGGUGUCUCGAUUGACGGACCAGUUUGCGAGUCUCCCAUUCCUAGUCCAAUGGGUAUUCCCAUUUUUGCAGCUGUCGAAGCAAUCGCGAUGAGAGGCGAUACAAACCUGGUGGAGUGGUGUGUUCGGAAUGGCGCGAAUAUCAAUCCUUGGCAGGGGCUUACGGAGAUUGCAUUUGGACACUGCUAUGCCACGCCAAUUCGCUUUUAUCUUGCGACUUUUGACUCCUGGGCUGGAAAUCCCUGGGAUCCAGUCAAGGGGUUGCAGCUGUUGCUCGAUCGCGGCGCAAAGAUGGACUUUUCCCCUGACGACGUAGGAAAUGGACAGGCAGGAUCUGCUACGGAUAGUCCUUUACCGCAACGCUCCGUCCGCUGGUUCUGGUGCCUCAAAGCUCUCCUAUCCAACCGGAGUAUGACCGAUAUCUUAACGAUACCAAGCUACCGCCGAAUGGUCGAGUACGUGAUCCAACUCCACGCCGAGACCGAGGAUGCAACGGCUGCAGAGACACUAUCCCACUGCGAGGCCGCGCUGAGGGGGAAGCCCGAGCUGAAUCCGUCAUUUAAUAGUUCCGAGAAGUAUUCGGCGGCGAGAGAAGCUAUCAGCUCCGCUUGGAAAAUCAUUGUCAAAGACAUAAUCCUCCCAGCUUAUCAACUGGGUUCAACCGAGAUUCUUGCGCAGUACAUAUUGCACAAGGGAAGGUGCAUCGAACCAGUCGACUACCUGUCUGAUGUACCAAUUGAGAUUCUGCUAGCCGCCGGCGCGGAUAUAAAUGCUCGCCUGGCCGACACACAGGAUGGAUCCACCAUCCUCCACCAACUGUGCAGGGAGAUCGGACGUGUUUGGAGAGACUCGCCAACGGGCUGCAGGGCGCUCUGUACAUGGGAACCACACAUUCGGAGCUUCUCGUUGAUCAAGUAUGUAUUGGGCAAGGGGGCGGACAGACGUGUGCGAACGUUUGAUGGACGCACGGCGAGGGGGCUGCUAUUGGAGAGGCUUGAUUUGAGCCAGUGUGAGAGGCUUGCGAGGAUGCAUUGGAUUAGCAGAGAGCUCGGCGGGAUUUCAGAAGAGACUUUUAGAGCGCUCGCUCAAUAG